CUCAUGAUAUAUAAAUAGUUGUUAAUUAGAUUCAUAUUUUGGCAACUAAACUCGUACUAGAUCAAAGAUGAAAACCAUAACUUUUAUCUCUGUGUUAUUUCUUUGGGCAUUAAUCAGUAUAUGUGUUGUGGCUAUUGAAGCAUUCAAAGAUGAGAAACAAAUUUUAUUUGCAGCGGGUGCAUUUGAAACAUUCAAAACAAAAGUUGUGUUAAAUGAGGAUGGAGGCUUAGGAGGAGGUGGACACAACGGAGAUCAGGGAAAUGGAUAUAAUGGUGAUUUGGAAUAUUCUAUAGAAAGUGGAGGGUGGAAAGGUUCGAUACAUUAUAAUAGACCAAUUAAGAGAAGAGCGAAAAACAAUGGACAAGGAGGACAAGGUGGAGUUGGAACAUAGGAUCGUCUUUCAAAACCAGAUACAUGAAUGUGGGUAUUGUAUUUCAUGAAAGUAUAUGUAUAAUAAAAGCAUGCACUUUAUCUUAAUC